AUGCCACAGGAUCUCUCUCUCCCCGCACCACUCAAGGAGUCCACCGGCGACGACGCCCCGCGCAGCACCGAUGGCUACGGUGGUGAUGCCAACGGUGACGAGGGGAUCGCUGAGGACCUCUUCCCGCUCUUCUCGCAGCCGCCGCGUGACGGCGAGGACGUGACGGGGGUUGCCUGCGCGGGCGGGUGGCAGGAGGGGGCGGCGCCUCCCUCUCCUCGCUCCCUGCGCGAUGCCCAUCACGUGCAGCAGUUGCCCUACGCCGUGGCGAGUGCAGGGGGGAGGCGGCGAGGGGGGGCGCCUCUCCCCUCUCCUGAGCAGCGCCCGCCGCAUGAGAUGCCGUGGUGGCAGUGGUGGCCGCACCCCCCGCCGCCGCCCCUUGCGUCGGCGCCGCCUCCAGGGCAAAGCCGCGUCUCCUACCAUAGUGAGCGGUAUGCCGCCUUUAUCAGGGAUUAUGUGGGUCUUUCCGACGAGGAGGUCAAAAAGGCAAAGCGUCGUGGACGCAGUAUCUGCAUGAUUGGUGUCCGAAAGCUACAGAAGCCAAAAAUAGGCACCGUGGUGCAGGCUCAGCGGUAUUUCCUGCGCCAUUCUGUGUUGGCAGUGGAGGGGGACGCCGUCUUUGCGGAGUUGAUGUGUCGCGCGGAGGCUUUGUACGCGCAAGGGAUCCAGCAUCUGUGGGAGGCAUCCGACUCAGAGGUGCGCACCGCACUGGGGUCUGUGAACUGCCCCUCGUCCAGUUUUCGCGUUCCUACGCUGUUCCGCUCCAUGAGUGCUCCUCCCUGUGCUCGGGGUAACAAUAAAAAGGUCUCUCGUAAACGGGCUACCAACUCUGACAGGGGUGGUAAUCUCGUGAAUAGCUCGCUUUCAUCGCAUUCCUCAUCCCCCAACGCGCGUUGCAUCGCACUCCAUUAUGGCCUACCAGCUCACAGUCCGUGCGAAGAAACGGGGAAUAUGGGGGUUUCUCAUGAUUGUUCCGCAGAUUCGGCAACGAGCAACAACUCACGUCAGGCGCCAUACUACCGCCGGGCAACACUCAUCGCUGUCGUAAGCACCACACAUAUUGCGAGUGGGGAAGAAGUGCGAGUCUCUCUGGAAUCUUAUCACCGCUGCCUAGAUGAGUCGGCGUGGUAUGGCCGCCGCUACACCUCUUCACAUCCUCCUCGCUCAACCGGCAAGGCUGAUGACAUCGCGACACUCAAUCCGCUGUCAGGGGAGCUGCACAACGGUGUGAAGGAGUUCAAGCUGUGGCCAAAGUCACUGGCGUACUACCACGGUGUUGGCCGGCGCCAUGCCGACGACAGCCCGAGGGCGGGCUUUCCCUUCACACUGGUCGACCUCGCGCCCGCCCCGGAGCUGGGUGAGGGCGAGCUGGGCGUCGCGGCAGCGGCGUUUCUGCCCUACGCAACGUGCCUGCUGUACACAGGACCUGCGGUCGCCACCAAGAAGGUUGAGAAGAUAGCCUAUGAGACCAAACCAGGACUCCUGAAAGUACUCGAAGGGCGAAGCCCUACUGCUUUGUUAAACGAACAAGGGAGAGCUGAUUUUGCUGUGGACAAAGGAAAGGAGGAACCGUCCACUAGCAAUCGCGUUUCUCUGCAAGAUGUUUCUGUGAACCAGCGGGCAAUUCUGACUACCAAGGCGGCAGAAGAAGACUUAUCUUUCGCUACUGACGACACCUACGCCUUGGGUCUGGGUAGGCAUGGAGUGUGUUUUGGCCAGGGCAUCGCCCGUUAUAUCAAUCACCGCUAUAACUUGAGCCGCUUUGGUAACGUUGAGCUCUGUUCGGUGAUGUUAUCCGUUCUCAGUGGCUUCUCGACACCAAGUGACGGUAAAAGAGACAAAUCGCGGACCAACCCAAAGUCCGGUUCCCGUGCUAAGAGCCACAAGCUCUCAGCGACUGCGAAAAGUGCUGCGAUACGAAAAGUCAAGAUCUGGAGUGGUACCACCCCUCCACCGCCCACACCCAGCGAUGUCGAUAUUGCCAAGCACCUUUCUUCAACUUUUUAUCAAUCGAAGGCGUCCGUCGAAUCGUACGCUUCCAAUGGCAGCGCCGUUGCUUCCCUGCGUGGCGGUGCGUCGGCGUCCUCUGUGAGAGAUUCCAAACCGCCCAGACGACGGCAACGUACAAAGAUGCGUUCCGUCUUUCUGGAGGAGCACAGCCACUUUGUAACGCUACCUUUUUUCAUUACGACGGCGGAUAUUGAGGCGGGCACACCGCUCCUGGCGUGGACGUAUGGCGAGGAGUACGACGCGAAGUUGGAGCGGGUGGCGGUGGCCGACGGCGCGCUCGUGCCCUACGCGGACGCCGCUCUGCUCAACGCUAGGCCCAUCAUGGGGACGGUCGGGGCCGUGAAGAACAGCGAGCAGCGCGGCUGGCAGCGCUAUGGAGGUGACUACCGGUAUGCUCUGGGCAUUGGAGAUGUGGUCUGGCGACGCCGUCCCUCCCCGUUAUGGGGGCCAGCGAGCUACGGCCCCCAGAUGCGCUGCCCGCCGCCAGAGGAUGACCUGUUUGUCGUCGUGGAUGUAAUGUCAAGGAACACGGAUAGAGUGCUUUUGAUGCCUCUGCGACGGCGGUAUCUGACGGAUGUCCUGCUUCACGAGCUACUCGCACAUCAAAAACUUGACCGCUACGUUUCCCCAGCUGUACAUACAACCGAAAAGGACAAGGCUGAGGUGAAGAAAGAGGCUGUCAAGGCUGAUGUUACUAUUAAAAAGGAAAAUGACGCUGAAGAUGAUGAAGUCAAGGUAAUCCUCGGUGCCAAGCUCUACGCAUUCAGGUCGCGUAGCUCGAGUCGCGCGCCUAUGCCGCGACUGCGCUCAUCGCGCUCAGUAUCCACGAGCGAAACGGAUCAUCCCACUGCUCCUCUAGCCUCUCCUUACCCUAUAGCGUCCACUCAGGAGAAAGCGGUAUGCUCACCGCCACCCCUGCAGGAGGCCUGGGCGAUCUUUGAUGUGGAUAUGCCCGGCAGUAGUGGCAGUUGCCACUCCCUUAGAGCUUGUGCUCACAACGAAUUAUAUCACUGUUUCAUAGACAGCGUUGGCAGCGUUUCCUUGCUCCUUAGCGGCAUAGAUUACUGUGUGGUGCGGCCGGCUGCCGAUGUCUCGUCCAGCGCGCCGUCCACACCGCUGGCGGCGGAAAUAUCGCGUAAUUCGAUUCUGGUUAACCUGCACGACCUUCACGACACGACGCGGCUGGUGCGGGAAAGUGUGCGAAGUUGCAUGGUGCCCGCACUGUGGAAUGGGCUCCUCUGGCCACUAAUUCGGGAUCAGCCCCGGACUGAUCAUAACUUUACAUGCCGCUUGCGUUGA